CAAAUUCCGCCCGCUGCUCUUGCAACUGACUGACCCUCCUCUCCCUUCUAAGCACUUUCUCACCUGCAGGACGCCAGUUAUGCUGUCCAUGUUGUGUUUCAAGCUGUCCAUGUUGUGUUUCAGGGACAAGGGAUAUGGCUGCCGCAGCCUCUCAUCUGCCUGACAUCUUGCUACCAGCUUCCCCCCUGCUAAAUGACUGCUCGCCUGCCCGCCUUUCUGCCUGUGCUGCUGCUCUGCUCUCCCCCUCCUCCCCUCACUGCUCUCCCAUCUCUUCCCCUCCCCCGCAGGAUGAAGAUCGGUAUUUGCGAGGGCAGUCCGCGCUCCAUCAUACCCGACCAUCUGGGCAGGGCAGACUACCACGGCGCCUCCAUCAAUCAGGCAGCCAGGUACAUGGAUGCGGCGGCGCAUGGCGGUAUGAUAGCCCUGGAGGCAUCCCUUGCGUUGAAGGUCAUGGUGGAAUGGCAGUCGGCGGGUCGUACGGCGGUGGCGGAGGCGGGCGAGUCGGGGCUCACCAGCGUCGCCGCUGCGGCGGCGGAGGUGGCGGCGGGCGCUGCCGCCGCUGCCGCUGCUACUGCCGCCGCCGCCGGUUCAUCUUCCUUCACCAUCAAGAGGCCGCCGCCAAGCAUGUCGGUCGUACAGGA